CCCUUGCCUUCUGAAACGACCCGCAAACUCCAACCUGCCUUUGUAGGUUUCGCAAUGGGGAUGUCGACACCCAUUUGUGACGCACACCCUCGACCAUGAACAGUCACGGCGGGCCUGCAUGUAUAUAUGAGCGACAGCGCCUGCUUCCUCUGUGGGAGCAAGCGUCGUCGCACUUACCGGGCGAUUUGCGUGGCUGUUAAUAUAUCGUCGUUACAUCCUCAUCACUCCUUGCAUUCAUCUUGUGCGUCUAGACUACCUGCCAUAUCCAUUCCGUUCCAAUUCUUCGCAGCUCGCCGGUCGAGCUCUUAUUCAAAAGCAUCACUUAAUCGCGCUGCAAUCUACGGCUCUUCCUAGGCUUCGCAUUCAAUCGGCACCAUGAUGGGCCUCGCAAGCUUCACUUCUCCACCCUCAGCGAGCGGAGCAUCCUCACCGUCGCCGUCCCUCUUCUCUCUAUUCCUCCGCGCCAUCAUCAUAACCUCGGCGCUGCAUCUCGUCCUCUCUGUCUCGCACGCGUUCUACCUCACCGACGCACCUUUCCUACCCGGCCUGUCAAGCAGCGACAUCACGGUUUCGGGCUUCGACAUCCUCACCCACACCUCCGUAGCCCCAGCCGCGACCCUCGUCCUCUCCUCCCUCGAAUACCUCACCACGCAGCGUACCGAGCACUCCCGCCCCUACGCCCUCUUCGUGUCGACGACCAUGUUCCUAGGCUGGCUCGUCUCGUGGAUCGACUGGACCGCGUGCCACGGCGAAUGGUGCCGGGCGACGCCGUCCCCGACUACGGAGUUCUACGCCUUCAUCGUGAGCUUUGCGUGGUGGGCUGGCGGACUUUUGAUCACGCUGGCGUACGCGGCGUGCGGGCUCGCCGAGCUAGCAGCGAUGCUUGGGCUGCGUGGUUCUAGGGUUGUGCUUCGAGAGGUGGAGAAUGGGAACGCGUGGCCGCGCGAUGAGAAGGUUUCAGUGUCGAGGGGUUGUGGAGACGAGACGCGGACAUGUGGGAGUUGUGAGACGCGAGGGAAGGAUCACGAGACGAAGGCGCUAGUGACUGUUUUAGAUUAG